CGUAGUGCAGUUUUAAUGGCUGAUCCUAUAAGGACGAAAAUAUUUUUUUUUAUGUUUAUUACGGUUGUUGAAAGUUAGUUGCAAUCCAGUAUUAAUAAAUAAAAGUAAAUAUGACUAUAAUUAAAGAUAAAUAACUCGCAGUUUUUGAUGGUCAGUAAUGCCGGGUUUAGAAGAAAGUAUUUGGCUCAAUAGAAAUACGGACUACGGCCUGAUGACCGAUGGUGUCGCCUCUGAGCAAGUGAAAAAGUUUUUUUUCACGUCGCGAAAAGCAGGAGAUGAUGGUGAAGAUGAUCAGUAUGAUGAAUCAUUAGAGGUCUUUAUUCCAGAGCUUCUUCAGGCAAGUUAUAAUUUUUAUACUUGGCCCUCAGCACCAGUAUUAGCUUGGUUUCUUUGGGAGAAUCGAAAGGAUCUGAAAGGCAAGAGAGUUUUGGAACUUGGAUCAGGAACGGCACUGCCGGGUAUUGUUGCCAGCAAGUGUGGAGCUAAUGUGACAUUGAGUGACGCAGCGAAUCUUCCAAAAAGUUUACAACACAUUCGUCGAAGUUGCGAAUUAAACGGUGUAUCGUCACAAGUGAAAAUUGUUGGUAUCACGUGGGGUCUCUUCUUAUCAAGCCUCUUUACUCUUGGUCCACUUGAUCUUAUUCUAGGAUCUGAUUGUUUUUACGAGCCAUCAGUUUUUGAAGAUAUCGUCGUCACUGUUUCAUUUCUACUAGAGAGAAAUCCAUCGGCUAAAUUUUUGUGCACCUAUCAAGAACGCAGUGCCGAUUGGUCUAUUGAGCACCUAUUGAGCAAGUGGGGUUUAACUUGUUCACAAAUUCCUCUCACUGAUUUGGCUGCCGAUGCCGAUAUAAGUAUUCACGAAUUAAUGCAAGAUCACACCAUUCAAUUACUUGAUAUUCGAAAAGUUUCUUGAAUUAUCGAUAAUGUCAACGUUGUUCCUAAGAAGACUUACCUGGACAGUGACAAACUUGGAAUUAUUAAAUUAUUUCUCAAAGUAUGGCCAAAUUGUGAAAAUAAAUCAAUUUUAUAAUGUUUACAACGGUUUGCCACUAGGUAAGGCAGUGAUAGUAUUCGAAAAAGAAGAAAGUCGAAAUAAUGCAAUGAAUGAUAAGCAUAACUUCUAUUCAAAAAGUAUGAGAUUAAUGUUUGAUAACAAUUAGACAGUUACAAAAAAAAAUAUUUGCAAUGGCUGAAGGAGAUAUUUUCAAAUCAUCAGAUCUCGAGGA